AUGAGAUUAAAAAAUUCUCCAUAUAAAAAAAGUAAACUUUUUUUACAAAUCGAUCGUGAUACCAAUAACAACGGCUCUCCAUUUAGAAAAGUCAUUUUUGAUAGUUUUAAAGAAGCAAGAAUCUCAUCAUCACCAUCACCAUCGACACCAUGUGCGAGCUCUUCAAUAUUUAAAAAAUACAACACGUCAAAAUGUCAUGACAUUCUUUACGAUCAAACUAAUGAGGGAAAUAACAGCAAUUUAUUUGAAUUAGACGAAUACAACAAUAGUACUACAUCAUGCAAAUUAAUUGGAUCUCGUAGUAAUAGCAUUACACUUAGUUCUACGGUAUUAUUGUCUAACAAAGAAAAUCCCGAUGAUAUUAAACCAGUCAUCAUACUUGAUGACGAUGAUAAUCAAAAAGCCAAGAAUAAAACAAAUAACAAAAUAACAGAUUUAAACUCUUUUUUAAAAGUUGGAGAAAAUAAUAACAAAGAUAAUAAUGUUCAUUUGGAAAACUUAUUAAAAAAACCAUCAUCUAAUCAGGCUGGUAGUAAUAAAGGAAAACUAGUAAACACAACACCAAAAGUGUUCAAUCUUUCUAAAAAAUCUAUUCAACCACUACUAAAUCGCGUAAAUGGUGAACCAGCACUUAAAUUUUCAGGUGUUAAGAAACGUCAAUCUAGCAAUAAUAUGAACAUUGAUAAAAGAAGAAACUUUACAGUUCCAAAACCUUUUAAAUUUCAUGGAUCAAACUAUAAAUCAGCGACAAUAAUAGACACGACUCCUAUUAUUCCUUUGGCAGAGAGGAUUAAAUUGUUUAUGGAAAGAACACCUGAAAGAUAUAAAUCAAAAGUUGUAAAAUUUCACCCAACUUCUUUGUCACAUAAUCAACUUACAAGACCAAGAUCUCCUAAUUUACUUACAAAAUUAAGAGCACAACAUAUCAGGAUUCUAAACGUCGAGGAAAAUAUAUUUCAUAAUAAUUAUAAUAAUAAUGAGGAUCAUCAAGGGCAAAUAGUAAAUAAUAAUAACAAGUUGAAAAAUACGAUUUCUCAUUCUUCAAAUAUCCCAAAAUCUAAAUCAUCAGAACAACAAAAUCAGUCAUUUCCAACAACUAAUAAUGAUAAUAGUAAUGACGAUAAUAGUAAUCAUAAUAGUAAUAAUGUGAAAACAUAUCAUUCAACACCUAAAAAAUGUAAAAAAAAAACUUUUAUUACACCACAUCAUAAGAUAUUAAUGCCUAAAUUUGCAUUACCAGGUGAUAAAAUCUCGCAAAGAAAAGUCAAAGUCGUUAAAGGCAAAAUGAGACAACAAGAAAAGGAAGAGAAACAAGCACAUAAUUUUAAGCAACUACUCCAAAUCGGUUCAUUACCACUAACAGAACCUAACCCAUUUAAACUGGUCACAGACAUUAGAGGAGAAAAGUAUCAAAGAACAUUUCAGGAAACACUUACGAAAAGUAUUCAAAAAGGCAAUGAGAAUGUUAGAUUUCAUGCUACACCAACGCCACGACAAGAUCAUAAUGACAUGGUUUUUUAUACACCCAAACGGUUCACCAAACCACCAACAAAUCCAAUAGAAUUUGUGUUCAAGACGGAUACGCGUGUUGUUGAACGUAGGUUAUUUGAUGAGGAGAGAAAGAAACGUGAUCAACAUGAAAAUUUUAUUAAGUUAAUGAAGUUACAAGAAGAGAAGGAACGUGUUCGAAAGGAGAUACGACGUUUGCGAAAACUCACAAUUCUUAAAGCUAGACCUAUAAGAAGAUACUUUCCAAUUAGGAUCAAACCAUCAUCAAGAAAGCCAACUAAACCAAUUUCACCAUUUAUUGGUGAUAAACGACGUGCUAAAAUGAAGGCUAAUAAACAUUUAGAUUGGAUUUGCAUUGAAUUGUACAGUAAAUCAACAAUCACGUUUUUGAUGAAUCAUGAUCGUUUCACGACUGAUGCAUUUUUAUCGGUUGAAAAAAGCUUUUCGUCGAGUAUUUACAUACAAAACAUCAAUUCUUGGAAUAAAAAGUCCAUUGGUCAUACCAGGCUCUAG